AGUAGAGAAAACAUUGAAAAGGGUAAUCAUCGUUGUUGUUUGUUGAAGCGGAGAGGUCAAGUAACUGCAAAAUACAUCUCUCUCUCUCUCUCUCUCUCUCUCUCUCUCUCUCUCUCUGUUCUUUUCACUUUUUCUCAUAUUUGCUCUGUUUUCCUCUGUUUCUCUCUGUUUCAUCUUUGUAUAUUCAAAUAACAAUAUAAAAGAUUUUCAUCAUAUUCACAAGUUUUCUUUUCAUAUUCAUCUUCUUUUCUAAACUUUCUUUCGUUUAUCCUAUCCCUUAGGAUUCUUUGAUUCUUACACUUCCUAAACCUUUCAUUUUCUUCUCUAAAACCAUUUCAUGGAUCACUUUUAAUAUAUCAUCUUGUUAAUUUAUAUUUUCUUUACAAGAACAAAGAAAGAAGCUUUUUUUUUUUUUUUGUUUCAAAUCCAUUAGGCUUUUCUUAAGCUAUAUACAUAAUUUAUGAUGAAGGAAAAAGUAGAUUCACCUAUUACAGUUCUUGAGGAUUAUUUUAGAAGUUCAGAUUCAGAAUCAAGUUCUUCCAAAGAACCUAUUUUGGAUACUGAGUCUCAUGAUGAAAAUUCAAAACCUUUUUCAAGGUGGCAUUCAUUUUUUCAAUUGUUGAAAAACAGAUCAAAGAAACAGGUACCUGCAUUGAAUCAUCCUCUUAAUGGAGAAUUCUCAACAAGAAUGAGUAGAAGCAUGAGGGAUAAUAUUCUUCCAAGUUGUCUCACUCUCUCAAAUGCAACUUCAACACCUUGUAGAUCACCAUGGAAAAUCUUUUCUCAUCAUGAUAUACAAAUUGCAACCAAUCAUUUUAGCCAAGAAAAUUUGAUAGGAAAAGGUGGUUAUGCUGAAGUUUACAAAGGGUGUUUGGCGGAUAAUCGGUUAGUAGCAAUCAAACGGUUAACAAGAGGAACUGCUGAUGAAAUCAUAGCAGAUUUUUUAUCAGAACUUGGUGUAAUGGCUCAUGUUAACCAUCCUAAUACUGCUAAGCUUGUUGGUUAUGGAGUGGAUGGAGGAAUGUAUCUAGUUCUUGAAUUGUCCGAAAAAGGGAGUCUAGCUUCGGUGCUAUAUGGUUCCAAGGAGAAAGUACCAUGGUGUAUUAGGCACAAAAUUGCAUUAGGAACAGCAAAGGGUAUAUUAUAUCUUCAUGAGGGUUGUCAAAAAAGGUUUAUCCACAGAGAUAUAAAAGCUGCCAAUAUCUUGCUCACAGAAGAUUUUGAGCCUCAGAUUUGUGAUUUCGGGCUAGCAAAAUGGUUGCCAGAGAAUUGGACUCAUCACAAUGUUUCAAAAUUUGAAGGAACUUUCGGCUACCUUGCUCCUGAAUACUUGCUUCAUGGCAUAGUAGAUGAGAAAACAGAUGUAUUUGCAUUUGGUGUAUUGCUAUUAGAAUUAGUCAGUGGGAGAAGAGCACUUGAUUAUUCACAACAAAGCCUUGUUUUAUGGGCAAAACCUUUGUUGAAAAAGAAUGAUAUUAUGGAGCUGAUAGAUCCGUCACUAGCUAGGGAAUUCAACGUUAGGCAGGUGAAUCUUAUGCUCUUGACAGCUGCUUUAUGCAUACAACAGUCCUCCAUUCGCCGCCCUUCUAUGAGACAGGUUGUGCAGCUUCUGAAUGGAAACCUUAGUUCCUUCAAGGCCAUGAAGAAAACUCGAUUGCCAGUCUUCCGAAGAGUCUUUCGGGAAGAGCUCCUUGAUGAUGAUGAUUCUAAUUAGUAGAUGGAACAGAAAUCAUAUGAUUAUCAAACACAAAAUUUUGAACUUUGGAAUGCACAAAGAAGCAUGCUAUGUACAAAGUAGUUUUUUUUCCCACUUUUAUAUUUUUUUUUCCAUAUGGUAAUAGGGAAUCAAAUACUUAGUUAUGUAAAAACAAAGAAAUAUUGUAAUACCAGAGAGUCUUAACUCACUUGGUACCUCUCUUCAUCUUUAA